AGCCAUAGCCCUGCCCCUCAGUAGGAAGCUGGGUGUGAGAGACAAGGAGAGACCAAAAGCUCAGCCCAUCCCCAUCCUGGAAACAUUUUAUAGCACACGCUGCAAGAACCCUGAUGAGGGUGAGCUGAUCAGUUUAGCCGAACAGUGUGACCUGACGGUGAGGAAGGUGGAGAGAUGGUUCCGGCGCCGGAGGAAUGCAGACCGACCGAGCCUGUCGAAGAAGUUUUGCGAGGCCUGCUGGAGGUUUACAUUUUACAUCAUUGCCUUCUUCACUGGACUUGCUGUCCUGUACGAUAAGCCUUGGCUUUGGGACCAUAGAGAGUGCUGGACAGGAUAUCCGCAACAGCCUCUACAGCCCUCCUUGUUCUGGUACUACCUGCUGGAGCUCUCCUUCUACUGGUCCCUGGUCUUCACCCUGCCCUUCGAUGUGAAGAGGAAGGACUUCAAGGAGCAGAUAGUUCAUCACGCUGCAACCAUCUUCCUGAUCAGUUUUUCAUACUGUGCCAAUUACAUCCGUAUUGGGACACUGGUGAUGGUGAUUCAUGAUGCUUCUGAUUGCUUCCUAGAGCCAACUAAGAUAUUCAAUUACAUGAAAUGGAAAAAAACUUGCGACAGCCUCUUUAUGAUCUUCUCAGCUGUUUUCCUCAUCAGCCGCCUGGUCGUUUUCCCCUACACAGUGCUCUAUAACACCUACUAUUACUCCAUGGAGAUAUUCCAACCCUUCUUUGGAUACUACUUCGUGAAUGCUCUCCUGAUAAUUCUGCAGCUGCUCCAUGUCUUCUGGUCCUGCCUAAUUAUUCACAUGGUCUACAAGUUCUUCUGCCAGGGCACGAUGGACAAGGACAUGAGAAGUGACACAGAAGAAAGUGACAAGGAUGAAGAAAGAGAAAACAUCAGGGAAAAGGAGAAAAAUGGGAUCGUGUAUUUCAGCAACAUCACAAGCAACAAUUAUAUCCAGAGGAAUGGGGCUGAGCCACUGAAAAACAGAACCCAUCUCACCAACGGCCAUGUCAAGGAAAGAUAGCUGCUGUCCAGCUGCUUCUCAUCUGGUCUUUAAAGAUUCCAGUCCACCACCUUUAGAAGCAGUUUUCCUCAUUGUGUAGAUAAAACAGAGUGCAAUUGCAGUAUCAUAGCUGAAUUCCU